UUUACUGCCUAAGACUUCCCAUGUCUCUCAAUUUUUUCCCUCCAUCUAAUCCAAGAUAUUUUUCCCACGCCGCCUUCUCCCAACCUCCAGAUUCAAUCUACGCCGGCAUCAAUGCCCACCUCGUGCGCCGCCCAUUCACCUUCACCGUGCGGCAGCAGCCCUUCCCCGAAGCGCUACCCUCCGCUGGUAGCUCCGCCCACCGUCGAAUCCCUUUCUCGUCCAUCGGCAACCUCGGUAGUUGGAGCACGUCGGCGUCGGUCGUCGUCACCGUCGCCAUGUCGAGCUCCUCCCGACGUUGUCCUCACCGUCACCUAGCUGCAACCACGUUGGUGUCAUCCGCCACCCGAAGAUCUACUGCGUGUUCCGUCGAUGCACCGCCCCGCAAGCAUCUUCAGUCUCUGGCACGUCAAGCAGGCACCGAACCAUCACUGGCCCUCGUGCGUUCGUACGUGCAGCUCCAGGGUGUCCUGCGACCGUCCUCCUCUGUCUGCUAGUGCUACACAGUACACACUCUUUUUAUUUGUGCGUUCAUGUUCAGAUCAUCACAGUACAUAAUCGAUUGAUUUUUUAUCUGUCAAACAGUGUUGGCCUG